GAAAGGAAACUAUAAUUUGUGAAAAUGAGUUCGGCAAAAGAAUAUUAUAAAGAGUUGACAGCUAUUACAGCGAAAUGCACAUUGUGCUUAAAAGUAAUUAAGACCAGCGGAACCAAUAUGAUACCGCACCUUAAAAAUAAGCACCAAGAUGCUUUCUUAAAAUGUUCAAAGAAAAUCACCAAAGGUGAAGGUGACCAACUCGAACAACAGAGCAUACAAGGAGCUUUUUUGGGUGCAGCAAAUAAAAACGCAAAAGACCGAAGAGUUACCGAUUCCUUGAUCCAUAUGAUAUGCAAGGAUAAUAUGCCCGUAAGAUGUGUGGAAAAAGAGGGAUGCAAAACUUUGUGAAAACGUGCGUUCCGAAUUACACAUUACCAAGUCGAUGGAAGCUCAUGGUUGAUGAAAU